AUGUCUGCAGCGGUCGACUCUGUUCAUCACAGCCUUGGCCGUCAUUCCCAUCUGGACGGCAUGGCUCAGCAUCACGGAUUUCACGAAUCAUACGCUCAGGGGCAUGGGCGGUAUGCUACAGAACAGCAGCAUUUCCAGCAGCCGUCUCAAGCAAGGCAGCUUCCACGGUUGCCGCCCAUGUCUACCAUAAUACCACCCGCAUCAUCCGACCCUUCGCCCGUUCUGUCCAGCGGCCGCGACGCGCCUUACUAUGGCGGGCGACCCAACUAUUACUCCGAAUACGCAACUCCUUCGCCCGUCGGCCAAACACCGCCGCUCCUGCCCAUCCCAAACAGCGAACCUCACCCCUUGUCAAAGCGAGCGGUGGAUCUCCGGCAUUCACCAACCCUGUCGUCGACGGCCAGCGACAGGUCAACCGAAGAGAUGAUGGCUCACGAGCUGCGUCUAAGGCAGAUGAGCAGCAGCUUGCAUGACCCCCACGGCCAGAGCCCAACAUCUCGUCAGCCUCUUUACUAUCCGUCCCCGCGGUCAAGGGGCGGUUCCUUACAAUUUGACAAUGCUCUCUCUCCAAUAUCAGCCAACGCUCCCUCAGCAACACCCUAUCCCUUUUCGUCCACAUCUUCCUCCUCCUUUUCCUCCUCCUCCUCCUCGUCCGUGAUGAAAAGCAACGGGCAAGCCGUGACAGCACAAGCACCGCGCAGCCCGCCGAGCACGCAACCCUCCACCUCCCCGCGGCAAGAGCCCAAAUGCAUGAGCAUCUCGAAUCUCCUGAGCACGACAAGCGAGAGCAGCGCUGCACCCGCCGCCGUCACCAGCAGUUCCACCAGCAGCAGCAUCAGCGCCUCCGCCAAACCCGCCCUCCCCCCCGCAGCAGCAGCAGCAGCAGCAGCCCCGCGACGCCCGACCUCGGAAUACCGCAUCACCGUCCGGCAGCAGCCCCUGGCCGCCCGCAGCUGCGGCUUCGGCGAGCGCGACCGGCGCGUCAUCGACCCGCCGCCGAUCGUGCAGCUGACCAUCCACGACCCGAGCCUGAGCGAGGACGAGAUGGCGCGGCGGCUGCGGCACCAGUUCUCGGUCGUGCACUGCUCCAUCUGGGACGACAAGGGCUGCAGGGACAUGAGCAGCAUGCCCGAGGACUUCCGGCAGCAGCGGCGGCUGAUGGGCACCCUCGUGGCCAGCCCCUUCGUGGGCCUCGACGACCGCGGCCAGGAGGGCUGCUUCUUCUGCUUCCCCGACCUCAGCUGCCGCACCCCGGGCCUCUUCCGCCUCAAGUUCGCCCUCGUCGUCCUCGACCCCGCCCGCAUGUGCACCGGCGACCGCUCCGCCAUCGUCGCCACCGCCAUGAGCGAGCCCUUCCAGGUCUACAACGCCAAGGACUUCCCCGGCAUGCAGGCCAGCACCCCGCUGACCAAGAGGCUCAAGGAGCAGGGGUGUCUGAUUAGUAUCAAGAAGGGCAACGAGAGGAGGGAAGGCGGCGGCGGUGGUGGAGGAAAGAGUAAUAGCGGUGGUAGCGGCGGCAAAAAUGGGAAAGGAGAAGAGCCGGAGGAGGAGGAGGAGGAGGAGGAGAACGACGACGACGAUGAUGAGGGGGACGGAGUGGAAGACAACAGGUCUUCUCCCGAUGGUAGUGCUGGUGGUGGUGGUGGUGGUGAGGAAGGAAAGAGGAGAAAGAGGAUCAAGAGGAUCAAGAGGUAA